AAAUUGAUCAUUCAAGGCUGUGAUAAUUUGGAGUACUUAUUCUCAUCUUCUAUAGCUAGAGGUCUAGUGAUGCUCGGUCAAGUUGAAAUAAGGGAAUGCAAGAGGAUGAGAAAGAUUAUUGUCACAGAGAAUGCAGAAGAAAAAGAGAAUUUAAUUUUUCCUCAAUUGAACUUCCUAUUGCUAAAAGACCUUCAAAACAUUGUUGGAUUCUACUCAGGGAAUUGUAUCGUUGAAUUCCCAUCCUUAAAGCAACUGCAAUUAUUGAACUGCCCAAAGUUGGAAGGAUUCAUUGUUAAAUAUUUUGCAAGCACAAAUGUCACUGCUGACAAACAACCAUUCUUCAAUGAACAGGUUGCUUUUCCCAACUUGGAAAGUCUGACUCUCACCCACUUGAAAAACUUGGAUAUCAUAUGGCACAACCAAUUCCAUGCAGAUUCCUUUGGCAAACUAAAAUCAUUAGUGGUUAGCAAUUGUGAGAAGUUAUCCACUAUUUUUCCAUCUUCUGAUAUGCUGGGAAGAAUAUGGAAAUCCCUAGAGAAGUUAAUUAUAUCUAUUUGUGGCUCGCUGGAAGUGGUAUUUGGAAUUGCCGAGUUCAAUGUCAAUCUAACACAUGCUAUAAUAGACACCAAGUUGAGCGAAUUGAAUAUUUAUGAUCUACCAAGAUUGAAGUAUGUGUGGAAUAAGGAUCCCCAAGGGAUACUCACUUUCCACAGCCUGGAAUCAGUAGAUAUAGGAUUUUGUGAGGGACUCAAAAUUUUGUUUCCAGCUUCAAUAGGCAGAAGCCUUUCGCAACUUCAAAAGCUACAUUUAUUUAUGUGCGGGGUGGAGGAAAUUGUUACAAUGGGAGAACAGGGAAAUGAAGCAAUUGUUGACUUUGAAUUUCCUCGAGUGUCAAGUCUUAAGCUUGAGUGGCUACCAAGACUCCAAUGUUUCCAUCCAGGGAAGCACACAGCAGCGUGGCCAAAAUUAAAAAAGUUCCACUUUUCCCUUUUCAAUCAAGUAAAGAGAACAGAUGGCAGUUGGCAACUUGAUUUCCCUGUACGACUACCACUUUUCUCCAUAGAGAAGAUCAUCUCUCAGUUGGAAGAAUUGUCACUAUCAAGACAUGACAUUGCAAUGAUAUAUGAACACCAAUUUAAAGAAGACUUCUUUUUCAAUGUCAAAGUUCUUAAAAUUCAUGAUUAUCUUGAUAAUGAAUCAGAUGUUUUACCCGUCAGAUUACUACAAAGAUUCUGCCAUCUAGAAGAGCUUGUCAUGGAGUUUUGUAAUUUUGAAGAACUGUUCCCUUCAAAAGGAGAAGUUGAAGAACAAGAGAAACACAUUGAAAUUGAGACACGCUCAAAGAUUAAAACAUUAAAUCUAAAGCGCCUUCCAUAUCUCAAGCAUAUAUGGAGCCGUGACCCAUCAAUUGUUCUUCAAAAUCUUGAAACUCUUCAAGUUUCUAGGUGUGAGAGUUUGAUUAGCUUGUCAACAUCACCUGCCUUUUUCCAGAAUCUCGUAACUUUGAAUAUAAGCAGUUGUGGAGCAAUGUGCCCCAAAUUGAUGAUCUUCAAUGAAGGUGACCUAAGCACACCACUACUGCAGAGAGUAGAAUUAAUUGAAGGAGAGGACAAGUGGCGUUGGGAAUGUGACCUUAAUACCACCAUACAAAGAAUGUAUAUGGAAGAGGUAGAGACUCCUAACUUGAAGUUUAUGAGUUUGUCUUCAAAUAACAUUCAACAAAUUUUGGACAAUUCAAUUCUAGAACUCUCUUCUUGUGUCCAAAAUUUAAGAAAGUUGUGUGUGGAGGGUUGUGGUAAUUUGGAAUAUCUAUUGACAUCCUCCAUGGUUAAGAGUUUUGAGCAACUGAAUUGGCUCAAGAUUUGUGAUUGUAAUAUGAUGGAAGAGGUAAUACAUGUAGAAGAAUCAAUGGAUGAGGAAAGGAUGUGCAAGAUUUUCUUCCCUAACCUGGAGUUCCUACUGCUCCAAGACCUUCCAAAACUCACAAGAUUUUGUUAUGGAAAUUACUUGGAAUUACCAUGCCUUUGGAAACUUAAGAUAAGCAAGUGCCCUGUGCUGAAGACUUUCAUCUCUAGCUUCUUUUUUGGAGACAUGAUAGCUAGUUCUGAAAAUGUCAAAAACACUUGUACACUUUCUCUCUUUGAUGCAAAGUUUUACAUUUGAAAAAAAUUAGAUUCUAAUAUUUUCAUUCCAUUACAUCUAUAAUUAUGUUUAAUUUUAAUUGAAUUGUGUAAAUCUUUAGGUGGCAUUCCCCAAAUUAGAGCGUUUGGUAAUUGAACAUGUGAAGAGCUUGAAUAAGAUAUGGAACGACCA